CUUGUUGUUCUCUACACUUUCCUUCUGGAACGCAAUGGCUAAAGGCUCUGUAAAGCGUAUUGCGGGUCAGAAUGCCCAAACAAUCAAAAACUUGCGUAUAGGCAUGAUCGUGCCGACCGUGCUCUCUUUGGUUCUGCGCUUCAUCUUCCGGAGGAGCUCCUUACCGCCAUCCAAAGGCUCGCUUUUUAUCUAUGUCUUGACAUACCUGCCCGCUCUCUUCUUGUCUCGCUACUUGGAAAACAUCGGAACUUCGAGGCGCGACCCCACUACCGGCACAAUCCUCUCGUCUGGGGAAGACCUCGGUCAACCUGGAGUCACGGAAUGGUGCUUUGACAUCAUAUACGUUACUUGGGCUUGUGAAGUUGGAAGCGGUACAUUGGGAGAGUGGUUCUGGUGGUUCUACCUCGUGAUACCAUUUUACGCGUUCUUCAAGAUAUGGGUCAAGUUCAUCUAUCCUAUGUUCUUCAGGAAGUCUAGCACUCCCGACCAGACUGCAGCAGAUAGCGACAAGCCUCUCAGCAAACGUCAAGAAAAGUUGCAGAAACGGAGCGAGCGUGGAGACCCGCGCGUUCAGCGAGGACCCCGUAAAUGAUAUGGUAGUUCCGGAGACCAAUUGCUUAUCCAGUACUAUGAGAGCCAGUUGUUACCGCAUCUAUUAUCUUUGGAGACCUUCAUAAUCCUAGAAAUUAUUUAUUCCCUCAG